ACCAAUUUGUAAAUCACAACGACGUCGUUUACUUGAAAUCUCAAGGGGAAAAAAACAACCUUCGGACUUUCUCCUUCCUCCGCCGCCUUCCCCGAAGAACAAUUCGACGAAGCUGAAGGUGUUGCAGCGGCGGGAGAGUUCUGAAAAUUGAGUGCAAAUGUCGACUGUUUAUGUAUUGGAGCCGCCGACGAGAGGGAAGGUCGUGUUGAAUACGACGUGUGGGCCGCUCGACAUCGAGCUCUGGCCUAAGGAAGCUCCAAAAGCCGUCAGAAAUUUCGUCCAGCUCUGUCUCGAAGGCUACUACGAUAACACCAUCUUUCACCGGAUCAUCAAGGACUUCAUUGUUCAGGCCGGCGAUCCUACCGGCAGCGGCACAGGUGGUGAAAGUAUAUAUGGGGGUGUUUUCCCGGAUGAAUUUCACUCACGUCUUAGAUUCAAGCAUAGGGGCCUAGUAGCAUGUGCAAAUGCUGGGUCACCACAUUCAAAUGGAAGUCAGUUUUUUAUAACCUUAGAUCGAUGUGAUGAUCUUGACAAGAAGCACACAAUUUUUGGAAAGGUCACUGGGGACUCUAUAUAUAACCUAGCAAGUUUGGGUGACUUUGAAACUGACAAGGAUGAUCGCCCUGUGGAUCCACCCAAGAUAAAAUCAGUUGAGGUUUUAUGGAACCCAUUUGACGAUAUUGUUCCUAGAGCACCUGCAAGGUCUGUUGUCCCAUCUACUGUUGAUUCUGACAACAAGGACACAAAGAAGAAAGCUGUGAAGAAACUAAAUUUACUAUCAUUUGGAGAAGAAGCUGAAGAAGACGAGAAAGAACUGGCAGCUGUGAAGAAAAAAAUUAGGAGUAGUCAUGACGUGUUGGAUGACCCACGUCUACUAAAGGAUGAGAUUCCAGGCAGUGAAUUGAACUCGUCCGAGAGUAAACGAAUAAGGGAUUUGCAACUAUCUGUUAGAGAAGCUUUAGCAUCAAAGAAACAAGAGUCUCAUAGAAAUCCAGAUGCUGAAAUUUCUAAUCAAUACAGUGAUAGCGACGAUAAUGAAGCUAACUUUGAUGCACGCAUGAGGCAACAGAUAUUGAGGAAAAGAACAGAGUUGGGAGAUGAACCAUCUCACAACAAAUCGAAAAAUGGACCUUCUGUGUCAAAGAAUGAUAAAGGAUCUACUCAAAGGUCCAAUGCUGAGAGCAUUAAUCGUGAGCAACCAAAGAUUGAGAAGUUAUCUUUGAAGAAAAAGGGAAUUGGAUCUGAAGCAAGAGCUGAACGAAUGGCUAAUGCUGACUCAGACUUGCAGUUAUUGGGUGAAGCUGAAAGAGGAAGACAGCUGAAAAAAUUAAAGAACAGGAGACGUCAAGGACAUGAAGAUGAAGUUCUGGCAAAACUUGCGAAUUUUAUGAAAGCCAGGUCUGAAAAACCAGUAAUCUCCAGUGCUGAAUCUUCUGGGGGUGGCAAUGAUGAUGACAUGUCAGACUGGAGAUCUGUUGGGUUAAAAUUCACACCAGAACCUGGCAAGGACCGCAUGUCUCGUAAUGAGGAUCCAAAUGACUAUGUUGUGCACGACCCUCUCCUGGAGAAGGGAAAAGAGAAAUUUAACAAAAUGCAAGCCAAACAAAAACGACGCGAACGAGAAUGGGCAGGCAAAUCCCUUACUUGACUCACCCAAUCAGGACUCAGGACAUGGGUUCAUGACUUGUGGGUUACCCAUAAAUGCCAGAUUGACUUGGCUGGCUCCAUUUUUGACUACUGAACCAGACCAAAAGCUUCAAAACUACACUUCUCUGUUCCCACGGAGACGUUGGAUAUUGAUUCAGGUUCAUUAUUGACAGCCAAUUGUCUAAGACACGCAAGUUUCUGAAUCUGGAAAGAGAAACAGUAUACGACUCUCCCUACUCACCUCACUGUAUCCUUCAUCUGUCUACUAAUCAAAUUUGUAACUUUCUUCUAAUUCAGUCAAGACUUGAUCGAGAUAGAGGAGAAGGCUACCCCCACUUAUCAAAUGUAAAUAUUUCCAACGGCUUGAGCUUGAGAUUUGUAUUUGUUUGAUACAAAUUGCAGGGAUAUCCUCGAAGCUUCUUUGCAAAAACCUUAAAUACUUCUAGAAGUUCAAACAUAAUUGAGCUGAGAACUACAAAUUCUUUGGGCAGAAAUAAUCCAAUUUCCUUUUGUUGGCAGUUUUAUUCAGGGGGGAGCUUUUCAAGCAUCAAUAUUCUGCGUGCUGUACCGCACAUUCAGACUGGAAAAGUCUUCAACAAUGCAUUUUCUUCGGAGACCCGGUUCCGCCGUCAGACGCGCAGAGAUCAUCGGCCGACCAUCCUGUCAGGAAAUGGAAAUUUACUCGUUUUGAUGAACUUGGGAAAUUUUUGAACGAGUUGUUUUCUUGUUUAUUCAAACUUGGUUUCAUUUCAAUUGGUUCAGCGGGAAAGGAAAUGGAUUUAGCCUAACUCUAUAUAUUAUUACAUUCCUUGACUAAGUCAUGGACCUGUUCUUUACAGUGCUUAAAUUUAUCAGUUUAUUUGUUACUGUUUGGGUAUUGGAAA